AUGGACAACUGGUUAGGAAGGCAAGAGGAGAGCCAAACUGAAAGGCAAGAGAUGCAGCGUUCUGGUCAAACUAAUGAUCCCGACAGGGCUAAAAGAGAAAGUCUGGAUCAUAAAAGAAGUGACAGUCCUUGCAAGAGGAAGAGAUCAGGAAGUAGUGCACAGCAGAGCAAGUACUGCAAACUUACGUUUUCUAAACUUCCUGACAGGAAAACAGCCAGGAGUGCAUGGGAUGAUGUGAAGGGUCACCUGAUCUGUCAGAGAGGAGACAUACUAAGUGCAAGAUAUGAGUUUGCUGCUAUUUUGGGUGAAGGUGCUUUUGGAAGAGUCGUGGAAUGCAUUGAUCACUAAGAGGGCAGCAGACAUGUUGCUGUGAAAAUAGUAAGAAAUACUGACAUGUACUCUGAAGUGGCUUGUGAAGAAAUAAAAGUUCUGCAGCAUUUAAAUGCAUCAGAUCCCAGCAAUAAUCACUGUGUCCAGAUGCUGGAGUGGUUUGAGUACCACGGUCAUGUCUGCAUUGGUUUUGAGCUACUGGGGCUCAGCACUUUUGACUUUAUGAAAAAGCAUGGCUUUCAGCCAUUGAGCGUGGACCACAUCAGACGGGUGACAUACCAGCUUUGCCAAUUUUCUUCUUUUUUGCAUUUGAACAAGUUGAUGCAUACAGACCUGAAACCAGAAAAUAUUUUAUUUGUGAAGUCUGACUAUACAGCUGAGUAUAACCCCAAACUGACACAUGAUGAACGUCAACUAAGAAUUCCAGACAUCAAAGUUGUGGACUUUGGGAACGCAGCAUAUGAUGAUGAGUACCACAGCCCUUUGGUGACUAUGAGAGACGCCCAAGCUCCAGAAGUUAUUCUAGGACUGGGAUGGUCACAGCCUUGUGACGUCUGGAGCAUAGGUUGUGUUCUCAAGCAAUAUGCUGGAAACUUAAUCUUCCACACCCGGAACAGCAAAGAACACCUGGCAGUGAUGGAGCAGGUAUUGGGGCCUUUGCCAAGUCACAUGAUAGAGAACAGCAGGGAACGUGAGUAUUUCAAUUGCACACUGGACUGGGAUGAAAACAGUUGUGCUGGUCAGCACGUCUCGAGGCUCUGUAAGCCACUGCUGGUAACCAAAGGGAAAUUCUUUUGA